AUGAUAACUAACUUAUUUUCUGUAUUCGACCCAUCAACAACUAUUUUAAACUUAUCAUUAAAUUGAUUAAGUACUUUUUUAGGAUUAUUUUUAAUUCCUAUAUCUUAUUGAUUAAUACCUAAUCGAUUUCAAAUUAUUUGAAAUAAUAUUUUAUUAACUUUACACAAAGAAUUUAAAACACUAUUAGGACCUUCAGGUCAUAAUGGAAGAACUCUAAUAUUUAUUUCAUUAUUUUCAUUAAUUAUAUUUAAUAAUUUCUUAGGAUUAUUUCCUUAUAUUUUUACAAGAACUAGUCAUUUAACUCUAACAUUAGCUUUAGCUUUCCCUUUAUGAUUAAGUUUUAUAUUAUAUGGAUGAAUUAACCAUACACAACACAUAUUUGCUCAUUUAGUUCCACAAGGAACUCCACCUGUUUUAAUACCUUUUAUAGUAUGUAUUGAAACAAUUAGAAAUGUUAUUCGACCAGGAACUUUAGCUGUUCGAUUAACAGCUAAUAUAAUUGCAGGUCAUUUACUAUUAACAUUAUUAGGUAAUACAGGACCUAUGUCAUCUAAUUAUAUUAUUUUAUCAUUAAUUUUAACAACACAAAUUGCUUUAUUAGUAUUAGAAUCCGCAGUUGCAAUUAUUCAAUCUUAUGUAUUUGCAGUAUUAAGUACUCUUUAUUCAAGAGAAGUAAAUUAA